CUAAGCGGCCCUGUUUUGUGCUCGGCAUUCCUCGACCAUCAUACUGCCAUUGCGGGAACAUUUAAUCGCAAUUUGACAGUUAUUGACUCCCGCUUACCUCCUGGAACGCUAGCAAGCGUUACUUCCUUUCACAAAAAUUCCUUGCUUUGUAUUGAGGUAGCCAACGGACCAGGGGCUUCUUGGCGGGCCCGAUAUACCGAAGAGCCCUUACCUACCAGCGGAUUGUGCUGGACUCAGAUUUCAAUGACCACGGGAUCGAGUGGUUUCGAGAACUGGACUCUGGCUGGUUCCGGCGACACAGCUUCUAUCGAGCUGGCCUCCUUAUCCUCAGUCUCUAUGUCCUCGCUCCACAUGACCGACGAGGAUGAUGCUGAUAAUGAAGAAUAUCAUCGUGUUUGUGCUCAGGUAAAUGAGAAACAGGUCAAUGUUCCCCUUUCUGGCAAGGGUUCUGGUGAAGAAGUUCUUGCACCGACGACAGAAAAGGGUGAUACACUCCAGGACAUUGAAAAGUUUCCAGCAAAUUCGAUAGAGUCCUCCCAGCCUUCAGCAAAUAAAAUCGCCAAUACAAUGGGAGCCUUAGCGUCUUCAAGCUCUAAGUCAAGCGUAUGCUAUCAAUCAAAUAAAUUCAUCCUGCCCUAUGAAUCUCUCCAGAUGGGUAUUUCAUUUUUCACUGGCAGUAGUGACCAGCAACUAGCCGCCUGGGAUUUUCGUCAGAUGGCACAGCCCGUAUUUAACCAGAAGGUAUCUCUGUAA